CAAAUUGCCAGGCCGGGGGAGUGAAAUUGAAAGCAGAGGCGACGCCAUUGUCGCUGGAGGUUCUAUUCUAUGCAAGCGUAGAUGUUGUUGCUCCUUCUUCUUCUGCUCCUUUAGCUUCUUAAUUGCGAUGGAAUCCACGACCCAAGGGAUUCGAUCCCUCCACCUGUCAGGCAACGCCUUCCAUUUUCGCAUUCCUUCGAUCUGUCUGGGUUUGGUCUUUUGUGGUUUGGGGUCUCAUUUGCUAGGGUUUGGGUAAAAGUUAUGGAUCUUUGCGUUUGUGGACUUGAUUUGUGGAGCUGGUUUCUCAGUGUUUUGUUUAGUUUAGUUUUUUCGGUAAUGCUGGAAAAGGAAAAGAAAUCAUUGUUUAACCUUAGACUUUUUGUUGUACAGUUUUGUUAAAACAGAAGCGUCCACUUUUUAGCUUGCGCUCUGCAACUAUUUGGAUUAGUUAAAUUUUGUAGUGGUUCAUAAUGGCAGACGCAAGCUCAGUCAAUGUCAUUUUGGACUUUUUGCGGAAGAACCGAUUUACAAGGGCUGAGGCUGCUUUGCGUAGUGAACUCAGUAAACGCCCUGAUAUGAAUGGGUUCCUUAAGAAUUUUACUUUUGACGAAAAUGACUUAAGUUGGACGGCAGGACAAGAGAAUGGGGACAGACGGCAGGGUUUGGAAAUCCAAGGGACAUGUUCUCAAAGCAGUGGUGAAGUUUCUAAGGAGCUUGUUAUUAAAGAGAUAGAGUGUGGGACAACUAGGCAUGGAUCUGAGGGUAAAUGGAAAACUGUUGCUUCUAUUGGCGAGCACAAUGAACCAAACGAAGCCAUUGGGAUGAGUGACAAGAACUUCAGCUUCUCGAAAGGUGGUUCAGAGGACAAUAUGCUUGAUUUGUAUGCAUGGAAACUUAGUGCUAGCAAUGGUCCGGUUGUUCCUUAUCAGAAUGAUGCUGGCACUAGUGCAGACAACUUUCCGGAGUUUCAUAUUUCUGAACAGUCAAGGCUUUAUUCUGCCAAGGUUACUGAUACCAGUAAAACCAAUUCUAGGACUGGGGAAGACUUUAAUUUUUCUGGUGAGAAGAGAAUACCAUGUCUUCGAAGUACCAAUAAAGUCAUUGGGGAACCCAAUUCUGAAGGAAUUCUUACAGUUGGACGUAAGGAGCUUGAUCAGCAGCAGAAGACUUGUAGUGCAUUCUCUAAAUGUAAUCUCGCUGAUAAUCCAUGGUCAAGAAGUGAGGAAAACAUGCAUUUGCCUCCAGACCCGUGGCGAGAGUGUUCUGUCCAGACUGUUUUUCCAUUUACCAAAGGUGAUGUCUCAAGUAGUUCUGAUAUGGACAAAAAGGAAGGAAAGAGAAAAGUGGAUAGCGGUGAUAUUCAUGUGGCAAUCAAAGAUAAGGUUGAUGAGGUUGGAAGAGCUUUGUACUUUGGAAAGUCUCAAGGGAUUUCUGAGCCAAAGAAUAUUAGUGCCUUGGAUUUUCCACUGGCAUCUGAGAAUCAGAAGGAAGAGUUACCUCGGUUACCUCCUGUUAAACUGAAAUCGGAGGACAAGCCAUUAAAUAUCACAUGGGAGGAAAAGUUCGAGCGUGAUGGACCUGGUUCAAAGAUAUCCAGCUCUGAUAAUACCUUCCUUAUUGGGUCAUAUCUUGAUGUUCCCAUUGGACAAGAAAUCAGCUGUUCAGGUGGGAAAAGGCCAGCUGGAGGCAGUUGGUUGUCUGUAAGCCAGGGCAUUGCUGAGGACACUUCUGACCUAGUUUCUGGAUUUGCAACUGUUGGUGAUGGAUUAAGUGAAUCCAUUGACUAUCCAAAUGAGUAUUGGGAUUCUGAUGAGUAUGAUGACGACGAUGAUGUUGGAUAUAUGAGACAACCAAUUGAAGAUGAAGCAUGGUUUCUAGCUCAUGAAAUUGAUUACCCAAGUGACAAUGAAAAGGGAACAGGGCAUGGGAGUGUUCCAGAUCCACAGGAAAGAGGCCCAACCAAAGAUGAAGAUGAGGAUCAAUCUUUUGCUGAGGAGGAUUCUUACUUUUCUGGUGAGCAAUAUUUUCAAGGGAAAAAUGUUGAACCAGUUACAGCUUCAGAUGACCCUAUGGGAUUGUCGGCUACUGAAAUAUAUGGCCGGCCUGAUGAAAGUGAUUUGAUUGCUCAAUAUGAUGGACGGUUGAUGGAUGAAGAAGAACUGAACUUGAUGCGCGCAGAACCUGUCUGGCAGGGCUUUGUCACUCAAACAAAUGAACUGAUCUUGUUAGGUGACAAAACAGCUCUAAAUGAGUGUGGAAGGUCUCGGCUAGAUGAUAUUUGCAUGGAUGAUGACCAGCGUGGUUCAGUUAGAUCAAUUGGUGUGGGGAUCAAUAGUGAUGCAGCUGAUAUUGGCAGUGAAGUACGAGAAAGUUUGGUUGGAGGUAGUAGUGAGGGGGACUUGGAGUACUUUCACGAUCAUGAAAUUGGUGCUGGUGGGUCCAGACAUUCUCAUCAUGACUCAGAUAAGAGAUGUAUUAAUAGAUCAAACAGCAAUAAAAAGAGAACAAGUAAACAUGAUUUUGAUAAACAUGUUAUGGGGAAUUCUAAUGAUGCAGGCACACAGAUGAAAAAUCGUACAGAGGGGGGAUUUUCUUUUAUUCCCCCUUUAAGAGAUGGGCAACUAGUUCAAGCAGGCUCUAGUAAAUCUUUAUGGUCAAACAAGUCCAAUGCUGUUAUCAGUGAUGAUGCAGAUGACUGUUUGAAUGCUCUGAUGGGGACUGAUGAUAUGCUUGCUCCAUGGAGGCGGAAAAGCAGUGAUUCAUCUCCUGUCAAAAGUUCUAGGGAUGAUAAUAAUGCCAAAGCCGUAAGAUCGGAAAAUUCUACUCCUUCAACACUGUCAAAUUACAGUUAUAGUGAAAGAAAGCAUGCAAAGAGAGAAGAGGAUGAAAGCACUGGUGCUGCAAGAGAAGAAGAACUAGGGGCUUCACUAGAGGAUGAAGAGGCGGCUGCUGUCCAAGAGCAAGUGAGGCAGAUAAAAGUUCAGGAGGAGGAGUUUGAGACCUUCAAUCUCAAGAUUGUCCAUAGGAAAAACAGAACGGGCUUCGAGGAAGACAAAAAUUUUCAUGUUGUUUUAAAUUCAGUCAUAGCUGGACGAUAUCAUGUUACUGAGUAUCUUGGGUCAGCAGCAUUCAGUAAAGCAAUUCAAGCACAUGACUUGCACACGGGUAUGGAUGUUUGUGUGAAGAUCAUAAAAAACAACAAGGAUUUUUUUGAUCAGAGCCUUGAUGAGAUAAAGCUUCUUAAGUUUGUCAACAAGCAUGAUCCUGCUGACAAGUACCAUAUUCUCAGAUUGUAUGAUUACUUUUAUUACCGAGAGCACUUGUUAAUUGUAUGUGAACUUCUUAAGGCAAACUUAUAUGAGUUUCACAAGUUUAAUAGAGAAUCUGGAGGGGAAGUUUAUUUUACAAUGCCAAGAUUGCAGUCAAUCACCAUCCAAUGUUUGGAGGCGCUUCAGUUCUUGCAUGGACUUGGCCUAAUACAUUGUGAUUUGAAGCCUGAGAAUAUUUUAGUGAAAAGCUAUAGCAGAUGUGAGGUGAAGGUCAUUGAUCUUGGAAGUAGUUGUUUUGAAACGGAUCAUCUCUGCUCAUAUGUACAGUCUAGGUCCUAUCGUGCACCAGAGGUCAUUCUGGGACUUCCAUAUGAUAAAAAGAUAGACAUUUGGUCGCUUGGCUGUAUCUUGGCUGAACUUUGUACUGGCAAUAAGGACAAGCUCCUGGAUAAUUUUGUCUUACAAUGUCUUGCCUGAACUCACAAUCCUGGUGCCGGAGGUGGACAUGGACAUGAGAUGAGAUAGAAUAGCAUUUCAGAUAGAUAUGGUCUGACUAAUGUACUCCCCUCUCUCCUCCUGAUGGAGAAUGGAGUAAUAUAUUGCUUCUUAGCUGUAAAUGAUACAAUGCUAGAAUUUUAUGAUGACAGCUGGAUAAGGAAAUCAAGGUCAUCUUGAAGAUAUUGAAGUUCCUUGAAUUGCUGAGGUAGUAGCAGUUCUCUCCAGUUCUGCAAGAUGAUAAAAGGGCUUGGACUAAGAAGUUAUCUGUGUGCUUUAGGACUGUCUGCUAAGAUGACUUUUCCACCCAUGGUCUUAUUUUCCUCACAUUGAAGCUACCUAAACAUGAAGCUUAGUGUCUCAACCUCCCACUUUUUUCUGAAGUAGGUCCGCAUCUUGAUCCAAACAUAGCAAUAUGCCAAGGCCUCUUCCACUGCAAUGGUGGCAGAGUACUGAGGUGUUCCUGAUACAUCAACAGCAUACCUUUUGGAACUACAGCUGUCAUUAGCAGAUAUUGCAUAUCAUUCUCAUUUAUUUCUGCCGGGGUUUGAAUUUUCUGAAAGCACCAGAUUGAAAAGAACUAAUUUGGUUUUGCAGUUGUGUUUUUUGUAUGCUCUAUUUGUUUUAGAGGUGCUCUUUUGCAAAUAAUUGGAGAUGAUUAUUUUAUGUUUGUGACCUCAGACCAGGUUCUAUGCAAUGGAUGAAAGUGUACUUACCUUUUGCAAAGGAAGAACUGUUGUGU